AUGGACAGAGUGGUGCUGACAAAUAAGAAAGAAGAGUACAAUAAAAUAUUUAGGCUGCUAAUAAUACAAGAGCUGGGAGUGUUCUCCGGGCUCUUCGCCGGGUUCUGUGCAGGUGAGGCGGAAGAAGUUCGAAUACUGCAAGAGGCAUAUGACAAACUUUGCGACAUCGUGGCGCUGAUAAACUCCACUUAUGGACUUCCAAUACUCACCUGUCUGGCCACAAACCUCGUUCAUUGUAUCACCAGCCUCAAUUUCUCAGUGUCGAUGAUACUAAAAUUCCAGGGAUCUGUCCUCAAGAAUAUGGAAGGACUAGCGACGAUGGCUAUUUUCUACACCGUUCUACAUUCCGCAGCAAUUCUUGCGGUGACGUGGUCAUGCAGCGCCCUCACCAGUGCAUCUCGCCGUUCUGCAGACUUGGUACUCAAGGCUCAGCUGCCACCAUCACGUAAAACUCCAAAGGACGCUGAACUGCGGCGACAGCUGCAGCUGUUCUCGCAGCAGCUGCUGCAUCGUCGUCCGUGCAUCACCGCCUGUGGGCUUUUCGUCAUCGAUCUCAGUAAUAUUUCAUCAAUGUUGGCUGCUGUUGUUUCCUAUCUAGUGGCAAUUGUUCAGCUCAGUGUAACACAGAAUUCUACUGCCGAAAGUGCAAACCAAACAGCAUCCUAG